AUGGCUGCCCGUUUCCGCGGCGCCCCCGGUGGUGAUUUCGGUCACGGGCCUGGUGUCCAAUACCCACAAAUUCCCGAAGCAACAUAUGCUGCACAAGGCCCACAGUCAGGUCGUCGUCCCGGCUCUGAAGGCUACGAUGGCCCUUCGGAACCACGCCAAAACCCUUUUGGUCAAGGUCUGGGAUAUGACCCGGCUAGACCAAUUGUUAAGGCCAAGGUCAUUACCAACACUCGUGUGGAGCUUCCUCCCGAUGCUUAUCGCCUCGAGCUCCAUGAUGGCUUUUGCUUUUGCGUUGAGGUGUUUUGCUUUGAUGUUGUUGGCAGCAAGGUCUUUCGGUCGGAUGUAGUUGUAUUGAAGCAUGAUGAGCUUGCUUGUUGCUUGGUAGUAGGAUUGUCUUGUGUUGAUCUUGUCCUCAACACUGUUGUGGUGAAUUAG